GGCGGGAGCGGAAAGAUGGCGGCGUCCCUGCGGCUGAGCGGGGAGCGGGCGCUGAGGUUGCUCCGGGCCGGGCGGGCGGCGCUGGGCGCGGGGCUCCCCGUCGCCGCACGGGCGGGAUGGAGGCACCUGCACGGCACCCUGGAGCUGCUGGGUACGCCUGGUAUUAAAGUUCUUAUGCCUGCACUUUCUCCUACAAUGGAAGAAGGAAACAUUGUGAAAUGGUUAAAAAAGGAAGGUGAAACAGUGAAUGUUGGAGAUGCGUUGUGUGAAAUUGAAACGGACAAAGCAGUGGUUACCAUGGAAUCGAGUGAUGAGGGCAUAUUGGCUAAAAUACUGGUGGAAGAAGGAAGCAAAAAUGUACGCUUGGGCUCGCUAAUUGGUCUGCUGGUAGAGGAAGGACAGGACUGGAAGCAAGUUGAAAUACCAGCUGCUGAUAGUGAUCCAUCUUCUCAGGCUCCACCGCCACCUGCACGUCCCUCAGCUCCUGCAAGUCCUUCAGUUGCAGUUCCUCCUAAAUUGGAACCUCAGCCUGGAAAACUGCAGGUUCGUUUAAGUCCUGCAGCUCGCAACAUUCUGGAAACACAUGGACUAGAUCCAAGCAAUGUAACACCUACUGGGCCUCGAGGAAUCUUCACCAAAGAGGAUGCUCUCAAACUUCUGCAAGAGAAGCAGAAGGGUAAACCCACUGAACUGAAACCUAUGGUUUCUCCAGCUCCUCUCCAGCCUGCUGCAGUGCCUUCUGCUUCGCCAGCAACAGCUGCUUAUCCAAGGCCAGCGGUUCCACCAGUUUCCACGCCAGGACAACCUGCUGCUCUGGGCACAUUCACAGAAAUCCCAGCUAGCAACAUCCGAAGAGUUAUUGCUAAGAGAUUAACAGAGUCUAAAACUACGAUACCUCAUGCAUAUGCUGCUGCUGACUGUAACAUUGAUGCUGUUUUGAAAUUAAGAAAACAACUGGCCAAAGAUGAUAUUAAAGUAUCUGUAAACGAUUUUAUUAUCAAGGCAACUGCAGUUACUCUGAAACAAAUGCCAGAUGUGAAUGUAACCUGGGAUGGAGAAGGCUGCAGGCAGCUGCAGUCCAUUGACAUAUCUAUUGCCGUGGCAACAGACCGAGGUCUCAUUACACCAAUCAUAAAAGAUGUUGCUGCCAAGGGAAUACAAGAAAUUGCUGCCUCUGCAAAGGCUCUAGCAAAGAAGGCUAGAGAUGGAAAAUUGUUACCGGAAGAGUACCAGGGAGGAUCUUUUAGUAUCUCCAAUCUGGGCAUGUUUGGCAUCAGUGGUUUCACUGCAGUGAUAAACCCUCCUCAGGCCUGCAUCCUAGCUGUGGGCCGAGCAAGACCAGAGCUCAGGAUUGUGGAAGAUGAAGAAGGGAAUGAGAAACUUGAACAGCAUCAGCGCAUGACAGUGACUCUUUCAAGUGAUGGUCGAGUGGUGGAUGAUGAACUGGCUUCCAAGUUUCUAGAGACCUUGAAAGCCAACAUAGAGAAUCCAAUACGACUUGCCUUAUCUUGAACUUGGUGAAGAUUGCUUCCUGUUUUGACAACAUAGAUAACAAUUAUAUACUUAGGGUUGUUUUUCUGUAUAGAGGAGUAAAUAGCUGGAAACGGACAGUUAAAAAUAUUUAAAUUAUGAAUUAAUGUGAAACACUUAAGUUUCAUGCUUUUAGUCUUCUGUAAUGACCAGGUUUUAUACUGUAAAACUAAGAGACUUUAAAGUUAACUUACUACAUUUCUUUAAACUUUUAGUACCAAUGGCACAUGUUUGCAUAGGAAAGUCAAUCUCUUAUGUAAAAUAAAACUCAAUAAAACUUUAUGGAAUUUAAAAGGGAAUAAUAGAAUAAUUUGGGUUGGAAGAGACUUUUAAAGGUCAUCUAGUCUAGCUUCCCCUGCAAUGAGCAGAGACAUCUUCAGAGCCCUGUCCAACUGACCUUGAAUGUUUCCAGGGAUAGGGCAUCUACCACCUCUCUGGACAACCCGUGUUUCACCAACCUCAUUGCAAAAAUCUUCUUCCUUAUAUCUAGUUUGAAUCUACCCUUUUUCAGUUUAAAACCAUUACCCUUUGUCCUAUUGUAACAGGUCCUGCUAAAAAGUUUGUUCCCAUCUUUCUUAGAAGCCUCCUCUAAGUAUUGAAAAAAACACAAGUUAAUUGUGCCAGCAGUGUUCUCAUGGAGGUCCCAAUAUGAAAGGUCAGAUUUUGCACAGUGAAUAUUUGCUGAUUAAUGCUGUUCUUUGCAUGUUUUGGAUAUAGAUAAAAGUAGAAAGUGUUUCAGCAUCAGUGUAUAUUGAAUUGUAACUCAGAGGCUCAAGUGCAGUGACCUGAAGUUUAAAUUAACAGAAGUCAAUUGGUAUUUUUCUUAUAUGUAAAUAUGGAACUACGUAUUGUAUGUAUUUGUUAUGAAAUAACUGUGUUUACAGGACCUCAUGAGAAUAUAAAUUGUCAGUAGAAUUAUGGGAGUUUGUCUUAUUCUGGUUUGUGCAAGUACUUUUUUUUAAUGAUUUGUAGGACUUAAUUAUGGCAGCAGCUCAACAAGUAAAAAGCUAAUUGCAAGACAAAAUUUUUAGUUAAUACUGUGUUGAGAGUUUUUGCUAAAUGAGCUUACUUUCUUUAGCUUGUUCUGAUAUUGUAAAUUUCAUAGAUUAUUAAUCUGACAGUUGGGAGAGAUUUUGAUUACCAGAUCUAGUUUACUGUGCAGCAACAGACAUAUCCAUUCUGUAUUUCCAGGAGUUAAUCACUGAUAAACUAUAUUAAAGAUUGGGUGCCGAGGAUUAAUUUGCAAUUUGAAAUGAUUAACUGUUAAUUUUUCCAAAGCUUUUUGUCAAUGCCGUAUUACUUUGUGGAAAAAACCCCAAUUUAUAUGUUUUCCUUACUGUACAAUAAGCUGUCAUUAUUUGCAUAACUAAAUCUGCUCUGCCCAAGGGAUUUCGGAGACAAAUUUAAAACCUGAUAUACUGCUUUUCAUUUUUGUACAUGGUGCUCUAGUGGUGCUGUGUGCUCCCCAGCAUUGUAUGUCGUGCUCCCACAGUUAAGGGCUGUGUGGCUGAUGUUUGCAGCUGUAGUUUUACAUGUGUGUGUUCACAUAGUGGGAGUCAGUGUUUUACUUCUGCUUUUGGAGCCACUGGAAGGCGCUGUUGUAUAUAAGUACACCAUGUGUGUCCUGUCUCAUUUCUGUGGGUGCUCAGACAUCCAUUGUGCUUUCCCUGUAGACAGUGCAGCCUCUUCUGCAGGUUAAAUGAACCUUUGUAACUUUUGAA